GUCAGUCGAGCCCGAGCGCUCUAGUUGGUGGGUUGUGCCCACGUUGUUCUCAAUUCGACCAUCAUUAGUAAGUAAAUAAAAAGUUGCUUAGGGGGGUUAAAUAAAGUACUAGAGUUGCUAUUGAAAGAUCGUUGACCUUGGUUUUUUUGUUCCUUUGUUGACGUCAGUGGACACUUUUGAAAAACAAAAUCUAGUGGUUUUUCCGAGCAUUUUUCAGGGCCAAAAGUCAUCUAUCACAACAUUUACACCUCAUGUUCUAAUAGUAGUGCAAACGCCCCAAAAUUCAAGGGAACAAAAGUAAUCAGUGCAAAUAUCGAUAAAAAAAAAGAAACACACGAAAAUGGCGUCAGCAGAAGUGGCAAGCAACGACAAUAAAAAUGUACUGGAGAUGGGCUACCAGACAACUUUGAUGUACGGCCAAUAUUCGAGGAGCCUCGCUGAUUACGCUAAAGAACAGGCGCAACAUAUCCGCCGGCGUGAAAGAAAGAGCGUCACCGGAGAUAAGAUACGAAGUAAGGAACUGCAGGCUCAUUAUGGCAAGUGGUUUGCUCGUUUUCUCCAACUGCUCAAAUACAUUUGGAGCAAAACGUUCGCAAAAGUAGGAGAAGAUUGGGCUUUCCUUGCCCUACUUGGCAUAAUAAUGGCUCUCCUAAGCUUUACCAUGGACUUGGGCAUCUACAUGUGUUUUACUGCUCGCCUUUGGAUGUAUAAUGAGUUUACCAUCCAUCCUGCUGUUCAAUACUUGGCCUGGAUCACGUUGCCCAUCUCCCUCGUUCUAUUUGCGGCCGGUUUCGUAUUUAUAGUUUCACCCCAAGCUGUCGGCUCAGGGAUUCCCGAAAUGAAGACUAUCAUGCGGGGCGUGGUCCUUAAAGAGUAUUUGACAUUUCGCACACUAGUUGCCAAAACUGUUGGCCUUACUGCUGCCUUGGGUUCUGGCAUGCCCUUAGGAAAAGAGGGUCCGCUAGUUCAUAUCGGCAGUAUUGUUGGUACACUUUUGUCGCAGCUACUCUCUUCUUUUAAAGGAAUUUACGAAAACGAGUCACGAAAGACUGAUAUGUUAGCUGCUGCUUGUGCCGUGGGCGUGUCCUGCAGCCUUGGUGCUCCCAUAGGAGGGGUGCUGUUUAGCAUUGAAGUCACUUCCGUAUAUUUUGCAAUUCGAAAUUACUGGCGCGGUUUCUUCUCUGCUGUCUUUAGCGCCCUCAUGUUUCGUCUUUUGGCUUAUUGGUCCAAUUCAGAAGAAACUCUUACGACAGUCUUUCCUACAAAUUUUCAAGUCGAUUUCCCCUACGAUCCUCAUGAAUUAUUUAUUUUUGCGCUUGUGGGGGUUUUUGGCGGCCUGUCUGGAGCCGUUUUCGUUUUAUUUCAUCGACGUUAUGUCCUUUUUAUGCGCAACAAUAAAAAGAUUAGCACAUUCCUCAAAUUCAACCGCUUCAUUUAUCCGAGUCUGGUGUCUGUCUUUAUUGCAUCGCUAUUUUACCCUUCGGGUUUUGGACGUUAUUUGGCCACGACAUUAUCGACUAAACAGCAGGUCGGUGCCUUGUUUGGCAAUUUUACUUGGUUGAGCGAUGACCUGUCGGUAGAGCAAGCUGAUAGGCUCUCGCACUGGGAUGUUGAAAACACGAACCUCUUUGUAGCUCUUGGAAUUUUCAUGACGGCCAACUUCUUUUUGAGUAUUCUUGCAUCGACGUUACCUGUUCCUACGGGCAGCCUUCUUCCCAUUUUUAAAGUGGGGGCGGCGUUUGGAAGAAUGAUAGGCGAAGCUAUGUAUCUAUGGUUUCCGGAGGGUAUCCGCACUGCUGGAGUCUUACAUCCUAUUUUACCAGGAGGCUACGCUAUUGUUGGUGCGGCAGCCUUCUCGGCCGGUGUUACUCACACGGUUUCGAUUAGCGUUGUCGUUGCAGAAAUGACUGGCCAAAUCCAUCAUAUCAUUCCCGUCCUUGUAGCUGUUAUAGUGUCCAAUGCCAUAUCUACUCUACUCCAACCAUCACUCUACGAGUCAAUUAUCAUGAUCAAGAAGCUGCCUUAUCUUCCUAAUAUUCUUCCAUCGAGAAGCGCUAUCCAUAGCAUCUGCGUCGAGGAUUUCAUGAACCGUAAUGUCAAGUAUAUCUGGCAUGGAAUUACAUAUGGUGAGCUGAAAACUAUAAUCGAAAAUAGUCAAGGAAUCCGUUCGUUCCCUCUGCUGGGCGAUACAGAACAACAAAUUUUGUUUGGCUCUGUUCAACGCUUAGAAUUACUAGCUUUAUUAGAACGUCAUAUCGGACCCGAGCGCCGUGCAGAGGUCGCUGCUAAGCGUUUUGUAGAAGCAAGAAAAAAGGAACUUCGCCGAAAAGCUAGAAUGGCUUUGCUAUCUGCCGAAACUGUUACUAUCCCUCCAACACAGCUGAUGCCUCAAUCCGAACUUAUGACCCAGCAGCCUAACGUUCCUGUCCGGCGAAAAGUAUCACGUUUUGAGAUAAUCACAUCACCUAACACAGCUACCGCAGUUGUUUCCAAUAUCGAAACGGUGCAACCCUCAGAGGCCCCACUGCCACAAGCCAGUGCAUGUACUUUAUCUUCUGACCCGUUGGCAAUAACUCGAAUUACUGUUGAACCCGAUGAUAAAGAACAGGCCAUUACGAAUCUCAAGACGCCACCCCAGAGAUUUAUCAAAUCUAUUCUCAAGAGGACUAGCUCAUUUACCUUCCCUCACGGAGAACGAUCUAAACAUUCCUCGUCCGCUGACCUCUCAGCACCCACAACCUACUCCACCGUGACUGGGGUCGAGGGAAGCAAAUUCCGCAACGCCAUCGAGACCAUUCUCCGAUCAAAGCAAUCAGAUUCUGGAGACAGUGAUAAUUUCAGUUUCCUUAGCAGCAUGACGGCGGUGCCUCCUAUUCCACCUCACUUCAAACGAAAAGGAAGUUAUUCGUUAAAAACCAAAGAGCGCGGUACUGACAUGUCUCCUGAAGAACAAGCGGAAUGGGAGAAACAUGAAAUGUUGAAGCCGGUGGACUUCAAAAAGUGCUCAGUUGAUCCUGCCCCAUUCCAGUUGGUCGAACGGACCUCGCUACUAAAAGUUCAUUCCAUAUUUUCACUACUUGGAGUCCAUCACGCUUACGUUACUACUCUAGGGAAACUAGUUGGUGUCGUUUCUCUUACAGAGCUGCGCAAAGCGAUUGAAGACGUCAACUCAGGUGUGCUUCUAGGCGCUAGUGCACGUGUUGGAAAUGUCCUGGAUGAUACGAGCAGCGAUGAACUAUUGCAAAGCACCAUCGAGAAAGAUAGCGAGACAGAAUCGCACCAUUCAGAAAACGAAAAAUCUGACCCAGAAACACCUACGUUAACUCCGCGACAUGUUAAGUUUAAGUUUUUACGACAACUGUCUGUCUCUCGUGGUACGGGAACGGUUGACACUAAUAUUUCAAAAGGCAAUGUAAAUGCUCCUGUUGAAAAUUCUCGCAUUGAUAAUCAGCCUUGAGCUGCAUUAUCUACCCGUGAUUCUCGAUCAAAAUUUUGUAGUAACGAAUUAUUUUUGCAUCCCUUUUACACUCAAGGUGUUAAAACCAUGUCCGUUACCGACGAUUUUAAAUGUAUGACGGUUGAUUUCCUAACUGUCCGUUUACCGUUUGUACAGUUUAAUACGAAUGAAAUUGUUCUUAGUUUACAGCCA